CCCUCCCUAUUCUUCUGGAGCUUUUUUGAAAACACAGCACAAACCAGAACACCAACCCCGAAGCCCCAACCCCUUGGCUAGCUCUUAUGGGAAUGAAACACUCCUCCCGCUGCCUGCUCCUCAGGAGGAAAAUGGCGGAGAACGCCGCCGAGAGCACCGAGGCUUGCCCUGUCCCAUCCCAGCCUCCUCAGCCCAUUGUUGUUCCAAAGCCAGUGCAAUCUGUCAUACAUGUCCCAUUGCAACCAAGCUGCCCAGGCCGAGGCAAGAUGGCAAAACUUCUCAAUCCAGAGGAGAUGACAUCCAGGGAUUAUUAUUUUGACUCCUAUGCUCACUUUGGAAUUCAUGAGGAAAUGUUAAAGGAUGAAGUGCGCACAUUAACCUAUAGAAACUCCAUGUAUCACAAUAAGCACGUUUUUAAAGAUAAAAUUGUACUCGAUGUUGGUAGUGGCACAGGAAUCCUCUCCAUGUUUGCUGCAAAGGCAGGAGCCAAGAAGGUAUAUGGGAUUGAAUGCUCAAGCAUCUCUGAUUACUCAGAAAAAAUUAUCAAGGCCAACCACUUGGACAACAUAAUCACAAUAUUUAAAGGUAAAGUGGAAGAAGUUGAAUUACCUGUGGAUAAAGUAGACAUCAUCAUCAGCGAGUGGAUGGGUUACUGUCUUUUCUAUGAAUCAAUGUUAAACACAGUCAUCUUCGCACGAGACAAGUGGCUGAAACCUGGAGGGCUAAUGUUUCCUGACCGAGCUGCUUUGUACGUGGUAGCAAUAGAAGACAGACAGUACAAGGACUUCAAAAUUCACUGGUGGGAGAAUGUGUACGGCUUUGACAUGACCUGUAUUAGAGAUGUUGCCAUGAAGGAGCCUUUGGUGGACAUAGUAGAUCCAAAGCAAGUGGUGACCAAUGCCUGUUUAAUAAAGGAAGUAGAUAUUUAUACAGUGAAGACUGAAGAACUGGCAUUCACUUCUGCAUUCUGCCUCCAAAUUCAACGUAAUGAUUACAUUCAUGCCUUGGUCACCUAUUUUAAUAUUGAAUUUACAAAGUGCCACAAGAAAAUGGGAUUUUCUACAGCACCUGAUGCUCCUUAUACACACUGGAAGCAAACAGUCUUCUAUUUAGAGGACUAUCUAACUGUGAGACGAGGGGAAGAAAUCUAUGGGACUAUAUCCAUGAAACCAAACGCAAAAAAUGUGCGUGACCUGGAUUUCACAGUAGACUUGGAUUUUAAAGGACAGCUAUGUGAAACAUCAGUAUCUAAUGACUACAAAAUGCGCUAGCAAGAAACCUUUCAGAAAGAUGGAAGGAAAAUGGCAUCAAGUCUUGAACUGCUGAACUUCAAGCUAGGAAUAAGUGUUUGCAAGACUAUCAUAUUAGAUACUAGAAUGUUUACUCUGAUGGGAAGUGGUAACUGGAUCCCUCUUGCAGGUAGUACAGAGGGCUGGGUUCCCACUGUGAAUGUACAGUAUACAGAACCAUAGCUUUUAUCAAAUAUAUAGGCAAAA